CGCUGAUAAGUGGUAGCGCGCAUAAUGAAACUAGUUGCAUAUGAAUGUACUUCGCUCAGCUGUUUUCCACUUGGUCUUUCACGAUUGAAUGAAGAAAGAAUUCUCGUUUUACUCAACUAGAGCUUCUGAAAAUGUGUUUUUUAUACUAACUGAGUGUUAAUUAAUAUACAUUAUUUCUGAAGAUAUUUGUACAUACUGGCUCAUAUAAUGGAUUUCAAAAAUCCAUGGGAAGAUUUUAUUUUCGACCAGACAGUCGAUAAUAUUAAUGAAUCCUCUGACUGUUUUAACAAUAUAAAGCUUAGCAACUUUCCUUUUCUCAAAAGUCAGUUUUCCUCUAUUGACUAUCUCAUAAAGUGUGAAUUAUGCAAUGUUAUGCUUCUUCCGGAGAGCAUUUCUUUGCAUUAUGACGACCGGCACUCAGAACCCCCAAAGUCUGUCGGUUCUGCUGUCUUGCCAUACGAAGCUGUUUCUUGGUGUGAAUGUCAGGCUGAAAUUGAUUCCAAAAAGGAUCGGACUUCCAGACGUACUAAGGUCGCGCCUCUCAAGCGUUCUAAACGCAACACACCUAACCCUUCAGAUGCAUCGCCUUAUUCAGUUAAAAUGGACAUAUCGAAAACAGUUAUUACAAGUCGAGAAGUAGAAAAGACCAGUCAUGAAGAACUUAGAGAACCAGUUUUGUUGAAAUUAGCAAAAUCAGAUGGAAGAAUAUCUCAAAGUGAGGAAGUGUCCAAAAGGCCUUUAAGGACACCUGCAGAAAGUAAACUCAAUGAGCGAUCUGUGUGGUCGGUUGUUUGUCCAAGAGAGCAUUCUGCUGGUAAUUUUUAUGAACUCACCUCCAAAGGUCAGGUUGAGGAAAGUCGACACCUGGGGAAAGAUAUGUUUGAGUGCCGAUCAAGUUUUAAUCAUUCUAAUGAUUCUGGCAUCGGAUCUCAAGCACAUUCAGUUUUUCGCUGUUCAUCAUAUCCCCCGACACCUUCACUGUCUCCACAUCUUCCAAGUUCUAGUCCAUCAAAUGUUUCUGAUGACACGACAUUUGGUUUCAACCAGUUCCGGCCUGAAGUUGCAAACCGACCUGUUUCACGCUCAUCCCACUCUAGUUCUAGCAGUGGAAUCGGCAUUUCUGAUCAGCACAAUACUGAUUCUAGCAUUACUAUUCCAACAACAAUUUUCAAUGUAAAUAGUACAAAAGCAGUCACUUCACUUCCUUUAUCAAACAUAAAGUCAACUGCCAAAUGCAAAGUUAAGUGCAAGCUCUCGACGGUUUGCCUUCGGAACAACGUCCCUCUAUGUUCCACUUCCUCUCAACCGAUGAUCUCGGGUGAGGCAUUGACUAAAGUGCAUUCCAGUAGGGAAGUAGAGUCAACUGUAUAUCAUCUAAAAAACAAUCGUCAAGAAUUCGAUGGUAAAUUAAUUAGUAGUGAGUUGAGGCGGAAUGGUUUCCAUAGCUGGAUUACUGGUGAACGACCGACGUCAUCAGAUGCCACACACAAAGCCGAUAAUGUUAGACGUUUAUUGGCAUUUCAGCGGCUAUCAACCCCAAGAAAUCAAACAAUUCUAUUGCAACAAGCCCCUAGACAGAUAAAGAGUGUGCAUUUAGCACCUUCGUUCAUCUCACAAAAUUAUCAAACAGAAAACUUGGAAGGGAAUGAAGCUUCUACUUCGAAUGACACUAAUCGAUUUGUCCAACCAAAUAUUUUAAUACAACCAGAAAAGUCCUCAAAACUAGACGUGGUGAAUGAUAGUUCAUCUCGGAUUAACUGGCCUCCAGAAUCUAUAAUUUCUGGUCCCUCUAGCAAUAUGGCUAGGAGUACUGGCGAAUUGCAAGAAUUCUUGGAAGAGCUAGAGGAUACAUUUGAUCCUCUUACUCAGUGUGGCUGCUUGGAAAUGGAUGAUAUCAGGUGUAGAAAUUCUAUUUUAUGUACGGUACAUACAAUUGAGGAGAAACGUAGGGUCCCCCGCCAACAUGAUUUACGUUAUCUUAUGCGAGAAGCAAGGAAAAAACAACAAAUCUUAAGACAAGUACCAAACACUCCCUGUCAACAAUUUCCAUGGACUGUACAAACCUCUGGUUCGCCUAAUGCAGUCAUUGACCUCACUGAUGAUGUUAGUAGUAAUGAAAGUUUCUGUGAAACUCCAGGAGUGUUAUCUUAUCAAACACCUCGAGUUCCAAAUCAUUCACAGCUAUUGCGUCAUAAUACAACGCUUUCUGCAUAUGAUACACAAGGUCGGUGUCAAAUAUAUCCCAACUCACUUAACUCAAAUGGUCCUAUAGAUUUGAGAUAUGUAUCAAACAAACUGACGGCUAGAUUACAUCAACGAAAUAAAACAGUUGUCAUCGCCCAGCCAUGUGCUAUUGAUAUCAGACCACAAACAGAAUCUUUUUUGUCUUACUCACCUCAAAUCGCAUCUAUCAACUCCACUCUUGAUAUGCAUCACUUUCAAUUUAAUCCAAUGGGAUCAGGAACAACACAAACGGGAGAAUAUUUUAGUGAAUCCAACACACCCAAUAUAGUUAUGUAUCCUAAUCGUAAACAAACAUCUGGUUAUUCAUCAACCUCUUAUUCGAAUGCCAGAUUGAUAAAUGAACCUCCGUAUGCUGCUCAAAGUCAUUGUCUGUCUACCUGUCAACCUGCACAACCUUGGGCUAAUCGACUGAGCCGUUAUCCCAUUGAAGGUUCUGCCGAUACAACCAUCAAUUUGGAUAAUCUUAUCACUAGUGAAGAUUUAUGCUCAGAAGAACAUUUUGAUGAUCUUUCCCAUGAAAUAAAUUUACCUCGAAAAGUACAUGUUCCGUUUGUUGAAGAAACACCCCCUAAUUUUGGUCCUAUUACUACUUCUACAACAACAACAACAACUACUACUCUGUUCCCACACUUGUCAUUAAACACUCGCAAAUUACAAGAAAGUCAGAGUCGAGUUGUUGUCAAUGAUAUGCGUGAAAAAUCCAUUACUGGAAGAAGUAGGAAAACAGCUCGAACAUCAUUUCGAUCUUCAGGUUCUACUAAUGUUCAAGGUCCUACUCUCACUAGUUUGUUACAUCUACGUUAUCAACACCAACAGCCGAAUCAACAACAAGGUCAAUUUCAGUCGAUCUCUGGACUGUUAGGCGGAGGUAAAGUUAAUCCUAGUGAACAUGUAUCAUCAAGACCCACGGUUAUUAGUAAAACUAAGCCAGUGACUUCUGCAACAGAUGUUUUCAAUUGUAAAAUAUCAUCGUCAUCAUCUACGGUUUUUGAAUCACAAGAAAAAGCGGAUAUUUUGAAUUCUGUAAAUCCUCAACUAGUCUAUUCCCCAUCUUUGAUAACACCAAACAUACCAUGCACGUAUGUUGGCUUGUCGUCGAAUUACCCUACUUCAUCAACUACUUUCAGCUCAAGACUUCCUAAUCAGGUGUUAGAUUAUUGUGUUGAUAACUCGUUAGAUACAUUUUAUGUCCCUAAUUCUUUACAGACUUGUCCAAAUACAGUACCCUCAUCCAUUUCAUCAUAUUCUUUACAUUCCAAUCCUAGACUUAAUAAUUAUGUUAUACAACGUAAUGUACAAUUAAACCAACCACAGGCUAGAACUUUGUUUGCAAAUUCAAUUAGUUCUCGAACGAAUGAAACUAGUCCCAAUUUAAUACUAUCUUCUUCCUCAUCCUCUUCUCUGUCAACGGCUACUUUAUCGAGUAAUCGUUAUUUUGUCAUUCGACCAAGUGCAAUCGCACAAACACCUAAUUUAGUGGUUUGUGCUAAACGCAGGGAUACUUAUUCCACAUCUAAUAUAAAUAGAUCUUCUGAAGAUGUAUGAUAUUAUUAUUCCUAUUUAUUAAUUUUCCGUUUUUGUAUUUUCUCAAAGUAUUUCCCUUCAGUAUUCCAUGUAUUCCUCUUUACUCAAAGUUUUCUUUAUAUUCACCCUCUCUCUUGUUCUCCUCUCCUAACAUUACAAAAGCAAGUCUUUUGUUGGUAUGCAGUUAAAAUUCAUUUCUCCCGUAAUUUUGCUUUUUCUUGUGUGUAAGUUAUGUUCAGCAAAGAUACUACUUUUACUGAUAUUACUGUCGACACUAAUAAAACUAUUAUUAGUAUUAGUAACAACUUUCGGUUAAUCAUAUCAUUAUCAAAUCAUGUUUUUUUCUUAGUGAAUUAAUUUUGUACAAACAGAAAAAACUUUUAGUUGUUUUCUCUCCUGUUCUGUUUUUUCUUUUUUCAUGCGAACGACCAAUCAGUAAAUAAGCUGACUAAUAUAAUGCUUUUUACCGGGAAGAGAUAAAGGGUUUGCUGACUAAGGUAUGAAUGAAUAAUCCAUUGUCCAGCGAUCUCCACUUUUCUCUUUGUCCUUCAUUUUAACUUCUCUCAAAUGUCUUUUUGGGAUAAUAUUUCAUGUAAAGACCAUUUUGUAUUCAAUCUGAAGCCGAAGUCGUGUUGAUAAAGAUGUCCAGUGUGUUAUUUAUGUUGUGUUUAAAUGUGAUGUACAAAUAGAUGGUAUUCUUGUUGUGGUGGAUUAUUCCAAUAACCAUGGUUGUCGCACAAAUUGUUUAAGAAACUAAUUCUCACUGAAAAAUAUUUGAUCACUAUACGGGUCAUUUUGUGUUAAGGUCAAAUCCAAUUACAAGUGUUCAGAGAAAGUGACAUCGGUAAAGCUGGCAUUUCAUCAAUGUAUAGAAGAAUAAUAUUCUCAUAUACUGUAAUGUUCCAUACUAUUUAUUUAAGACUUCAGAUUGUAGUAUUCGACUGUAAGGUUCUUGUUUCAGUUUUACUAUACACAAACUAACGUUUAAAAAAUAUGGCAUCGUGAAUGUCAUCAAUCUGUUUGUAUUAUUUUUAAAGCUAUGUUGCAAUACCUUCGUCAUGUACCAAUGUAACAUGACUAAAGCAAAUGUCCGGAGUGGUCGUUUGCUUACCUAUGUGAAGUUUCUGUGCCACUCAGAGUUCCUAGUAUCUGUUUUUGUUGAGGUCCCACUUUAUGAUUAAUAAAGUAGUUUCUACCGGCAUCACUAUUAUGCAGUCUGAUUUAAUCAAAAUAGUGUUUUGUAACUUAUUUUACAGGGUAUAAGUCCAUUACUCUGUAAUUCUCCGGUGAGCAUUAGGUUCAUUGGAGUCCUCGUUGUUUUGCCUUUAGAGUUGAUACUUUGAUAAAUCGUUCACCCUACUCCAAUAAUUCUAAUUUUUUAGCUAGCAGGGCUUGGGGGAAGUGGGAGAAUUAUAUUGUCCUGUUGUGAUGCUGCUGAAUUUCGUUCCGCAUGCUGAUAUUUGGUGAUAUCAUUACCUCUUCAAACAUAGCAAUUGUCCGCCUGAUUGAUGUCGUAAAAGUCAGCAGUUCCUCUUUGUUCAGCGAAGUCUCCGUUCUUUGCGAAUAUAUGGAUACUGAUCUGCACAAAAUAAUCGUGUCCACUCAAUAUUUGUCGCUAGAGCAUGUCAAACUGUUUGUCUAUCAGAUACUAAGAGGUUUAAAAUACCUUCAUUCUGCUGGUGUUAUUCAUCGGGACCUGAAACCAGGGAACCUCUUGGUUAAUUCUGACUGUUUAUUAAAGAUUUGCGACUUCGGUCUUGCUCGUUCAGUGCCGUCUUUUGGUGUAGAAAGAUCUUGUAAUCCACUAACCCUUGAAGUUGUGACUCAAUUCUAUAGACCACCAGAACUACUUCUAGGUUCGAAUUUUUAUACAGCUGCUGUCGAUCAGUGGAGCGUUGGCUGCAUACUUGGAGAGCUUCUUUGUCGUCAAAUUUUAUUUCAAUCUUCCAGCUCAUUUCGUCAAUUGGAUAUGAUAUUUAAUCUACUAGGAUCACCUAAUGCAAUGGAAUUAAUUGACUUAGUUGGUUUUCCGUCAUCUAGCAUAGAUUUUAUUCGUAAUUGUCCUGUACGACCAUUUAAUCAUGAUGCUGUUUCAAGAAUACUCGUUCCGGCUAAUACUCAUUAUUUUCAGUCACCGACAGAAAAUCCACCUGAUCCUAAUUUAAUUAAUUUGUUUACAGGACUUCUAAGUUUUAGUUCAUCGAAGCGGUUAACUGCUGAACAAGCGCUAGAUUCACCAUUCUUAGUUGGAGGUAGAGCUAGAUUUCAUACUUGUCUGUGCUGUUGUUGUCCACCACGUAAUCAAAGUUCAAUGAUUAACGAUUCAACUACCCACUGGAAUAAUGUAGCGAAACAAGUAAAUCAUCAUCUUUUAGCUGUUGGUUCAGUUGGUACUCUGUCAUCAUCUGGUGGUACACUACCAUCUUCACUUCAUUCAUCUAUGCUAUCACAAAGUAGAGAUAUAACGUUGCGCAUUCCUUUAUUUUUGUCACCUCAUCUAAUGAUACCAACUUCUCUUAUACGGUAUAGUUGUAUUAAUUUGGAACCAACCUUUCAAGAUAUACAUGAAUACAGUUAUUUAAAUACUGAAAUAGAAGUGAAUAACUUGUUUGAAGCUAAACAAAUAUUAUGGAAUCUAAUUCAGCAAUAUUUCCAAAGAGAUCCUAAUCGUACCCGAGUUGUGAUAAACAAUUCUUCGCCUAAUUUUCAAUCAUUUAUAAAGUCUUCAGUUGCGUUCAAUUAAUAUUACAACAUGUUAUAAUGAAGACUAUUUAUAUAACUACAAAAACUUUAUAUAUCUAUUCAAUGUUAAUUAUUGUAUCAUAAAGUUUUGAUCCCCUCAUUAUUAAUCAAUUCAUGUAAUAUGUAAUUAUUCUUUUUGAUAUAUCUUCUUUUUUUUGUGGCCUUUCCUAUUAUUACUGCACAUUUAUAUGUAUAUUUAUAGUUGACUGUACUACAAAUACGAUUUCUUACUGUAUUAUUGUGACUAUUUUUCGAGUGCCUUUAAUUAUCAUUUUCUGUUCUAUUUGUUGUUGUUGUUUUGUUAAAACAACUGAGCGGUUGUACUUAAUUAUCUAAUUGGCUUUAAUCUAAUCUUUUGCACGUGUUUUGGAAAAAUGAAUCUUGUUAUGCAUAUAUAUAUAUAUAUAUAUUCUCAUCUUCUUUGUUCUAUUCUAGGAAAGUUCUUUAUUCUGUCUAUAUACGUAACUUGUAACAAUGUGUACAUUCUGAAAGUUUUCUAUACCUUUUUUUCUUUCUUUCUUAUUUUCUUCAUUGAAUUAUUGUAUAAUCAAGUCAACUGAUUCUUUUUAUUAAAUAUUGGGCUGUGCUGUCUAUGUUUCAACUGUGUUUAAAUUGGUUAAUUCUUACAAUCCAUCAUAUAUAUAUUCUUUAUAUUGGUUAUUUGCUUUAUAUUCUUAUUAUAUGUAUAUAUAUUUAUUAAUCCGGCUGUGAUAUAUCAAAGGGCACAAUUUCAAGUAUAUUCUUCAACUAAAUUUCCUAUAUACAUAUAUAUGGAUUAAUAUUUACGCUUGCCAUUGGUAUCCUAGUCAUCAUUCCCAUGUUUAUACUUCAACACAUUACGUACAUUGUUUUUGUGAUUACUUUUUUUUUCUCUUGUUAAAGCACAUAUUUCUAUUUUAACUCUAAUAACUAGUAUAGGUCUGUAUUGUCCUGUAUAUGUACUUUUUUAUUAUAAAUUAAAUUCACUUUGUUUGGUGUUUUUAUAAAUUCUGUGUUCUCAUUUUCAAAUAGUAAGGUUUAUUUUUAAUGUUAAUUAUCACCUGUUGUACAGUAUGUGAAUUCAUGAGUACUAUAGGUACUUGUAAUUUUUAGACUUAAAUAGUGGCGGUAUCACAGUCAGUCACGACUAGUUUUUUAAUGGGUUUUUACGAUCGUUUAUUGGGAACCUAUUGUACGUUUACAUAUUCUUCUUGUCCGUCAACAACACGUAAAAUUCAACCUUAUUUUCAUACUGUGUCAUAGUCUGACAAAACUUUUUGAUCAUUUCCGGAACAUUUCAGUUGUUUCUUUGAUCAGUGUUCAGUACUUAGGUAGAACAUAUCGUAUAACUGGAACGGAGAUUUUUCCAAUAAAAACAUCUGGUUUACUGACAUUAUUGUAUAUAAAAUUGCUACUUCAGAAUCUGAUUUAAGACAAAUUAGAAUUGAAUCGCUAUAUAUAUUACUGUUCGUAGUUUAGGAUGGAAUCGUAGAAACUAAAUACAAAUAAAUUCACUCGGUGUUGUUUACUUGUCUGUUAUUUGUAGUCUAGGCUGGAUGUCAUGCAGUGUGCUGAAGCUCAUUUCAAAUCAAAGAAUUCAAAAGCCGUUUUCAUCUCAUUACAGCUUUCUGUUUGUCUAAGUAAGCCGCCAAUUUUAGAAUUUAGUUUAUUACUCGCAAAUAUAUAUAUUUUUUACUAAUCAGCAAACAUCCUUCAAAAUUAAUUGAUAAUUUAUGACAUCAUCUUAUUUCUAUCAGUUUUUAGUUUCUUGGUAACCAGAUACACCUACACGACGUUAACCCUCGAAAUGCCUACUUUUAUCACUGAUAAACGCUGGAGAGUCACAGUAUAUAGUCAACUUGGUAUGUUUAGCUGAAUCCUGUAUUUUUAACAAAUUUAACGUCUGGACGUUUGUGAUUAGGUUGUAGUUUUUUAAAAAGGUAGUUUAUUAACUAGUUUGUG